GGAAGAGGAGAGAGUCACCAAAACUCAUUAAGUUCUCAAGAUGAACAAGAUUGUCUUCGUUAUUCUUCAAGCUGCUCUUCAGAUGGCAGGCAGCACUUCACUGAGGUUAAUCAAGCCAAAUGUUGUGGCUUUGGAGGUAUCAAAUCUGUCCAGCUUUGCGGUAUUGCUGCAUUGUGGAGAGCAAUAUGGAGUAGAGGAAAUUUACUGGGAGAGGAAUGGGGAAAGCAUCUCUCAGACAGGGAACCUCAUCACUGUUAUAAUAGAUGGGCUGCAUGGGGGAAACUUCACAUGCCACAGACCAAACAGAGAUCUUUUGAAUUACACACUACUACUGGUCCAUCCAGUUGAGUUUCCUAAAGGAGUUCUUAUACAAUCUAGUGACAGAGAAUUAAUUUCUUGCACCGCAAGAAACUAUAAUGGACAAUUUCAUUGCUCUUGGAAAUGGCAUCAGGAACGGAUCCAAAGAGCUGUGGUAUAUUUCACAGCAAUCCGAAACUCUAGUCCCAUCAACUGCACUCUAGACUCGGAUAUAUCUGGGCUGACUUGUAUUGACACGGAUUACUGUCAGUACUCUGAAGAGUCUAGGAGCAUCAACCUCACACUGUUUAUCAGAAAUCUGUAUAGGCUGGAGGAGCACCACAGGACUUUCCUCAUCCGAGACAUUGUCAAGCCAGAUAAAGUUAGUAUCACCAAGAUCCAAGAUGAUGUAUUUGAGUGGCACCCCCCUGAAACAUGGAGUUUCCCCUGCAGUUUCUUUCCCCUCUCCUAUGAAGUGAAAGUGGUUCCCAACAAUCAUAGCUGUGACUACACAGGAAGUCGUGUCGAGAAAAACGAAACCAACGAGACACAUUACAAGGUGAAAUUCAAAAAAGCAUAUACUUUCUGCGUCCGAGCACAGGACCCACUUACUAAAAAAGUUUGGGGUGACUGGAGUCACCAUCAACAGAGAAAACACCGGCACACCUCAGAAAAAUAAAAGGUCUAAAGGGAACAUACCCCUCUGCUUGACAAUCUGCUUUCUAUUCCUGACAAAAUAUUACAACUAUUCAUAUUUAUACAUAUUUUGUAUUAUUAAAAUAUGCCAUGGUGAAAUGUAUUUGUGCAAUAAUU